AUGGAUUUCGAGAAGCGGAAGGCGGUGACCCUCGCGGCCAUGACCUCGCCGGAGCCCGACAAGUCCCCCAAAGGCAACAUUGACACCCCCAUAAUUCCUCUCUUAACUACCAUUAAUUCCCACCCCUCUUACUUCACCACCAGCUCUUGCUCCGGCCGCAUCUCUAUUCUAGCCCAACCGAUAGCCGCCGCCGCCGCCGCCACCGCCACUGCCACCGUCAAGAAAAAGGCCAAGGGAGGCACCUGGGUCUUCAUCUCCCACGACCCAGUUCCUCCUUUCUCCAUCCUCCCCCUUCUCUUCUCAUCCUCUUCCAAUGAGUCUCCACCCCGAAUCGCCACCGAGUCAGACAACAUUUUGUUGCAGAGCCUUGUGUUCAGGUUUGAGCCUUUGAUCAUUGCUGUUGAGUGCAAGGACAUAGAGGCGGCUCAGUCUUUGAUUUCUUUGGCAAUUUCUUGUGGGUUCAGAGAGAGUGGAGUAACAAGUGCGAGUAAAAGAGUCAUCAUUGCAAUACGGUGCUCGAUACGAUUGGAGGUUCCACUGGGAGACACGCUGAAGCUUAUGGUGUCCCCAGAAUAUGUGGAGUACCUUGUUGGGGUUGCUAAUGAGAAAAUGGAGGCCAACAGGAAAAGAACUGAUCUUUUACUGAAUUCACUGUUAAAGAACGGAUUUUCGAGAGAUGGGAUUUACAUGAAUGGUAAAAUUGAUAAUGAUGGUGGUGAUAUAUGUCGUGGGAAUCAAAAGGUUGCCUCUCAAGGAAAUCCUCUUGGUGAUAAUGGUGUGGAGGAAGAUUUGGAUUUUGAAAAGAAAGAUUUUGAUGACAUCCAUUGUGGAUCACAGAAAGUCCGAGGCAUCAAUCUAUCCGUUAUAGAGAUAAUUGGUGAACCUGUCGAGAGGCUUUUCCUGUGGGGUCACUCUGGCUGCACAGUGGACCAACAGAAGAUUCUCAUUUUUGCUGGUUUUGGAGGCAUUGGAAGACAUGCACGUAGAAAUGAUUUAUUGCUUCUUGAUCCAGAAUGUGGAAUGAUAGGAGCAGUUAAUGUUCAGGGAGCUCCAUCUCCACGCAUGGGCCACACAUCUUCAGUAGUAGGAGAGUUCAUGUAUGUGAUUGGAGGGAGGGCUGAUCCAUUGAAUAUUCUGAAUGAUGUGUGGGUCUUCAAUAUGGCGAAGAAAGAAUGGAAUCUGUUAAAAUGUUCUGGCAGUCAUUUUCCUUCUAGGCACCGACAUGCAGCAGCUGUUGUAGGUUCAAGGAUAUAUGUACAUGGGGGAAUUUAUAAUGAUGAAAUAAUAUCAUCACUCUAUGUACUCGAUACAUAUAAGGCUGAGUGGACUGAGAUAGAAAUUCAGGGGAACUUCCCCUGUCCCCGUCAUUCACACUCCAUGAACUCAUAUGGGUCUAAUUUAUACAUGUUUGGUGGAUUCAAUGGGGAGAAAGCACUUGGGGAUCUUCAUAUUUUUGAUGUUCAGACGUGCCUAUGGAGUAAGCAAAAGACAAAUGGAAAAGCACCUAAAGCUAGGUUUUCACACUCGAUGUUUAUGUAUAAGAACUAUCUUGGCAUUUUUGGGGGAUGUCCUGUAAGUCAGAAUCAGGAAUUGUCCUUACUUGAUCUUCAGUCCCAUACUUGGAAGCAUAUAAUGGUGAAUUCCAUUAAUGAAGGCCUCUUUGUUCGUAGUACUGUAAAUGUUGUCGGUGAUAGUCUAAUACUCAUUGGUGGUGGGGCAUCUUGUUUUGCAUUUGGGACAAAGUUCAGCGAACCUAUGAAGGUAAACUUGUCGUUAUUGACAUCCUUAGGUGAUCGUUUCAUGCCCACAAAAAUUGGAGAGGAGCACAAAGAUAAUCUGGGGGAAGAAACAAUAGAGGGAAAAAAUGCCGAUGUCCAAAAUUCACGUAGUACAGCUGAACCAAAAAUAAAUGGACGUAUCAACCAAAAUGCCCAGUUUGAAGAACCAUCAGUAAAGGUUGGAAGGCAGAUGGUUGCCGACCCUUGGGUUCUCCAGCUAGGGAAACGAUAUGCGAAAUUGGUGAAGGACAUAUUAAAAAGAUUUGGAUGGUUAGAUUUUCAAAGAAAGGUUUAUUCUAGGGAGGAUGGCAUGUAUAUCUGUUUCCCUGUAACAGAAAAGUUUUGCACUAUGUUCGAAGAUAGACAAAAGGAUCUGGGGGAUUCAUCUAAAGUGGUAACUGAUCUUCAUUCACCGAGACCAUCUUGUGUGGAUAUUUUAUCAAAAGAUAUCUCCAAUUCAGAGGCUUUAAAUCGUAUAAUAGCAUGUGGUGCAACUAAACUUGUGGAUGAAGUUGUCAAAAUCAAGAAAACUCCAAAUACUCCUCACAGAAUGAUGAUGGAAGAGGUAGCCUCGUUGUUAAAUAACAGGGGUCUGCCACCAGAACUUCUAGAACAACUGCCAUCAAGAUGGGAGCGGCUGGGAGAUAUUGUUGUACUUCCUGUAACGUCCUUUAAGGAUCCAUUGUGGGGCUCAAUUGGCAAGGAGCUUUGGCCUCUCGUGGCAAAAUCACUUGGGGCUCUUCGCCUCGCACGGCAAGGCCAAAUUGCACAAACUGGGACAAGGGACAGUAAAUUAGAGAUUCUUGUUGGAGAUGAUGGCUGGGUUGACCACCGUGAAAAUGGGAUCCUCUAUUCUUUUGAUGCCACCAAGUGCAUGUUCUCUUGGGGUAAUCUUUCAGAGAAACUACGGAUGGGCUUUCUUGACUGUAGAAAUGAAGUGAUCGUCGAUUUGUUCUCUGGCAUUGGAUAUUUUACUCUGCCUUUCCUUGUUAGGGCCAAUGCCAAAUUUGUGUAUUCUUGUGAGUGGAAUCCACAUGCUGUUGAGGCAUUACAUCGUAAUCUACAAGCUAAUUCUGUGGCUGAUCGUUGCAUCAUACUGGAAGGAGAUAAUAGAGUUACAGCUCCAAAGGGAGUUGCCGAUCGAGUCUGCCUUGGUCUCUUGCCAACAAGUGAAGGAAGUUGGGUUACUGCAGUGAGAGCAUUAAGACAGGAGGGUGGAAUGUUACACAUACACGGUAAUGCCAAGGACUCAGAGGAAGGUUCAUGGAAAAACCAUGUCUUGCAAUCCAUUAUUGACAUUGCUAGAUCAGAAGGUUAUCACUGGGUGGUCUCGAUAGAACAUGUUGAAAGAGUAAAAUGCAUACUUGUUAGGCUUGAAUUAUACGCGAAAAGCAUGGUUCUUCCCUCAGACAAGCCUCGAAAAUUCUCAUACAGCAUUUAA